AUGUCGGCCGCGGUGAUCGGACAGCUCUUGUCGGCAUGUGCCGGAGCUUACUCGGCUGCCUCGUCGGCUGUGUGGUGGGCAGCUUCUUUGCCGCCGACGUGCAAGGAAAGUUUGACCCACGCAGCCCUCACGUGCAGUGGAGCCACGCCCCGGUACUUCACUUCGGGCUUCGGGCCGCUUAUGCUUGCUUGGGGAUGGCUGUUGUUGGGCAUCCUUCUUGGUUUGCUCUUUCGCCGCGCGGCGGCCGCGAUGGUCGCCUUAGCCGGUGGACGCCGUGCAGACGAAGCCAAGCACAGCUGGGAGGCCCUGCUGCGCGAACUGUCAGCCCGCACGCGGGACCCACGCAGGCACGAGGUGUUACACUACUUGCUGCAAGGGGGCGAAGCAGCGGUGCGCGAGUUGUCGCAAGCAACGAACCGCACACCCGCAGCGCUGAUAGCACACCUCCUCAACGACAGCACGCCGGUGACAGACGCCGUGGCCCCGCGAGUUGGGGAGGCUGCGCACCCUGGGCCGCCGUCCGACGACCUCGAGCUGCGCCGACAGCGUGCGCUGCAUGCCCUCGGGCAGAUGCAAUUGUUGGCGCCAAGCACCCGCCCGGCCGCAUUACGCGACCACCACGCAGACGCGGAUGCUGCUGAAACCGUCUCGGACACGCUCAGUGCGACCACCGCUUUCGCCUCUCCGCGGGGAGAUGCCCCCCAACCACUUUCGGGAGCGAUGGCCCCGGUGGCACCGGAAGAAGCGACACCAGGCUUCACACCACCACCUUCGCCGGAUCAGCGCGCACGCUCGCCGGCUUCUGGACACGAGCCCCUGCCCUGGCAAGAUGCCCGCCCGCCGAGCUCCUUGGCUGGCGAGCGCAAUUCAUGGCUGUACAUACCAUUGCUGCAUGCUGGGGCAGGCAACUUGACCGCGCACGCCCAACAUGAAUGGCGAUCGCGGCCCGGGCUCGGCCCUCGUUUCUGGGAGCUCGCAUCCCUGCUGCGCGAUGCGCCGCCAGUCCCGCCGUCGGGGCUCGCCCAGACUGUGCUUGCGGUCGCCGAGUGUGAAGCUCACGAAGCUCACCGAGCCACCUCAGCGGAAGAUCGAGCAUUGGCGGCAAGUCUUUCCGCCAUGCCCGACGCCCCGCUGUUCAGGAUGGCUACAACAAAGCUAUCUGUUUUCGUGCUGCUGGUAGGUGCAGGUCUGCUCGGAGAACCCGCUGGCGCUUAUGGCGGGGAGGUUGCUCUUGGGGAGGUGCGGCUCGAAAAUGGCAGUCAGCCAACUUGGAUGAAUGUUGGAAAAAUGUGCGGAUUCUGCAAAGCUUCGAUUCCGAGCAUAAAGGAGACAUUCGCCUCCUGUGCAGAAUACUGUGCUGCCCAAGGCGGCUGGCAAUGCAAAUCAGCCGCCUUUGCCGAUGUGGGCAGCUGCGACGCGAAAUUUGCAGCUACCUGUGAUACUUUGUUCGAGGUGUACGACCAUGCAAUUUGUGAGUGCGAGCCAUCGCAAAUGCAUCAGAUACAGUUCAAGGAGUCCAAUGAUGCAUUUGCGGUCGCAAUUGCCACACCAGAGGCCGAUGCUAAGUGCCUCACUAGUGUGGCCACGGGCUGCAGUUCCAUCAAGGACAAGCAUAGUUGCCUCAGCAGCAAGGAUGGGAGUUCUGAAGCGACCUACUGCGGGGUAAAGCUUGCUGGAGAAGCCUGUGUUUGGUGCGGUGGAGUGGCAUGCACGUCACACGAUCCUGACGUGAUGUGCGUUGGGUAUGACUUCCUGGUCCAUGGACAGGGCCAUGCCUAUGCAAGCCGCCAUGUCGAAGCCAGCGCUGUUGAUGUGGCAGGUUGCAACAAGGCGGCUUCGACGAGAAACUUUGGCAACGUUGGCUGCCUGAAGCGUCAACCUGAUGGGUGCAACACCAUCAAGGACUUCAGAGAGGUGGAGGGUCAGCCGUGCGUAUGGUGUGGUGGGAUGCCAUGUACGACAAAGAAGGGUAACCUCUGCGAGCCCUACGAGUUCGUGGUCCACGGGGAAGGACACGCCGAUUUAAACAUCGAGCAAAGCUUCCAUAUGGCCGCUUGCGAGGACGAUAAGCCCGUCCAUCGCAGCCUCACGACCUCCGUGGCUGAGGUGGACUGUGGCUUCCCGAACCUGUGGAGUGGAGUCGGCAAGACCUGUGGCUUGUGCAGGGUGCAGGUGGCGAAGCAGGCAGUGUCAGAGUCAGAGGCUGUGCGUGCACGGGUAAAGCUUCAGGGCUCGCCGGGGUGCAUGUGGUCGGCUCCGAUGCGGCUUAGCCCUGACAAUGGAGCAGUGCUUGCCUUUCCCCUGCUGGGAUUUUGCCGGGAACGGGAGGAUUUGGUAACAGCUGGACUCGUAGCCCAAUGGGUUGUGAUGUUGGGUGCGGCUCUCAUUGAGCCCUUCUUGUGGAUGGGUUUCCGGGAGCAGACGAAGUGUGAGAAAGCUGAUGCAGAGGUGUUGCCGUUUGCGGCCGUCACGGGCACUGGGCCGCGAAGUGUCAGAGCUCUAGAUGCCAUCGGUAUUGGUGUGCCAGCCUCAGACAUUGAAGACCUUGCUUGCAAUUUCAAUGUCGACACUUGCGUGUGGCUCAACACGGGCAACGUCAGCUGGGAGCAGAAGACGUACGCCGACUACUAUGGCUACUAUGGUUAUGGUGAUUCGGACGAUCAGUGGCUGUUGGCUGCGGGGAGCGAGUCGGGCGGUCAGCACUUCAUCUUGGAGAGCCUUGAGUUCAAUCCCACCAACGCCACGAAGGCUCUGUACUUCAUGUACAGCCUGGGAGGCUCGAGCUCGGUGUCCUUGCAGGUGGAGCACAAGACUGAGGCCGCAGGCUGGCUGCCUUUAUUUACGCAGACCGGAGAUAUGGGGGGUGAUUGGCCGACUGUCGGGAUCCGAGUUCCGAAGGGCACCAUUGCCCUUCGAUUCCUGGCUGAGGCUGAUGCUGCAUCUACAGUUAAUUUGGAUGAGAUUGCUGUACUGACGGUGUUUCAUCAAACAGCCGAUGAGAUCUUUGCAGAGGGACAUGCAACUUGGGCAAGCUUGGGUUGCAGUUUCGAGGCCGACAACUGCACAUGGUCCAACAUCCGUUGGGAUCGACUUUGGCUGCGCGGCUCGGGCCAACCACCGUCGUCAUCGGACACACGGUCCGACACUAGGCCGUAUGGGGCUUUCGCUGGCAAGUGGUGCAUUUACACGGACGCCUCCACCGCUUUUGAGGAAUUUUUCCUGACAUCUCCGAUGUUUGCACCCAGCAACGUGACAAGACAGCUCCAUUUUGCUUAUCACAUGCUCGGCAGACACACGGGAAGCUUGCGUUUGGAGUUUUGGAGCGGCAGCAGCUGGACGCCAUUUUGGUAUCGCAUCGGACAACAAGGCAUUCGCUGGCAGCUCGCCCUUGUCAACGUUCCCGAGGAUGCCGAGAUGUUGCGGUUUGUGGCCGUCACGAAUACUGGGCCGGUAGGUGUCGUGGGGCUGGAUGCCAUCGGUGUCGGUGAUUUGCCAGCUCCGGACAUUGAAGACCUUGCUUGCAAUUUCGAUUUUGACACUUGCCUCUGGCUCAACACGGGCAACGUCAGUUGGGAGCAGACGUAUGGAGACUAUGGUUAUGGCAAUUUUGGUGACGAUCAGUGGCUACUAGCUGCGGGCAGCGAGUCGGGCGGUCAGCACUUCAUCUUGGAGAGCCUUAAAUUCAAUCCCACUACCGCCGAGAAGGCUCUGUACUUUUGGUACAGCCUGAGUGGCUCGAGCUCGGUGUCCUUGCAGGUGGAGCACAAGACUGAGGUCGCAGGCUGGUUGCCUUUGUUCACGCAGACCGGAGAUAUGGGGGGUGAUUGGCCGCAUGCCGUCAUCCGAGUUCCGAAGGGCACCCUUGCCCUUCGAUUCCUGGCUGAGGCUGAUGCUGCAUCUACGGUUCAGUUCGAUGAGAUUGCGGUACUGGCAGUGGGAGAUUGGUCAAGCUUGAGUUGCAGUUUCGAGACCGACUACUGCAAAUGGUCCUUGCCCCGUGGGUAUGCCUGGCUGCGCCGCUCGGGCCGAACACCGACAGGAAGUACUGGGCCAGACGGGGCUUUCGACGGCAAUUGGUACAUCUACACGGAAGCCUCUCAAGAUAACUGGGACAAGGAAUUUAUGCUGACAUCUCCGAUGUUUGCACCCAGCAAUGUGACAAGACAGCUCCAUUUUGCUUACCACAUGGUGGGCUCCCAUAUUUACAUGGCAAGUUUACGUCUGGAGUUUUGGAGCGGCAGUGGCUGGACGCCUCUUUGGCAAAACGCGGGGAAGGAAAUUCAUCAAUGGAGCAUUGCCGUUGUCACCGUUCCUGAGGAUGCCGAGGUGUUGCGGUUUGUGGGCCGCACGCCCGACGACGGGUGGUUAGGUGACAUGGCUCUAGAUGCCGUCGUGGUUGGUGUGCCAGCCAUUGACUUUGAAGACCUUGCUUGCAAUUUCAUUGUUGACAUGUGCUUUUGGCUCAACACGGGCAACGCCAGUUGGGAGCAGACCAGCGAUUCCAGCGACAAUCGGUGGCUACUGGCUGCGGGCAGCGAGUCGGAGGUGCAGAGCUUCAUCUUGGAGAGCCUUGAGUUCAAUCCCACCACCGCCGAGAAGGCUCUGUACUUCAUGUACAGCCUGAGUGGCCCGAGCUCGGUGUCCUUGCAGGUGGAGCACAAGACUGAGGCUGGCUGGUUGCCCCUGUUUUCGCAGACCGGAGAUACCGGGACAGCUUGGAAGGGUGCCCCGAUCCGAGUUCCACGGGGGACGCAUUCCCUUCGACUGCUGGCUGAGGCUGAUGCUGCAUCUACGAUUCAGUUCAAUGAUAUUGUGUCACUGGCAGUGGGAGAUUGGGCAAGCCUGAGCUGCGGUUUUGAAACCGACUUCUGCGCAUGGUCCUCCGCUCUUGGGAAGGAACCUUGGUUUCGCAACUCGGGCCAAACACCGUUUUCAUGGCAGAGAGGGCCACUGGGGGCCUUCGCUGGCAACUGGUACAUUUACAUGGAGUUCCAGGCAUGCCUUGAAGAUUUGAAGCUAAGAUCUUCCGCCCCAGUCGUCUAA